AUGGUUGAUCAUUUCAUUAAAGAACUAAAAGAAAAAGAAUCUCUACUAGACACUCGUAAGAAACAUUUAGGACUUAUUGAGUGAGUCAAAAAAAUCCACCCUGCAAACCAAUAUGUUAGAAAAAACUUUACAGAUCCAAACUAUGAAAGCCAAAUCUUAAACAAAGUAACACUUAUAGAAGAACAAUAAAAUGGCUGCAUAUCGCAAGAAUCUUGUGUCAGAUAUUCUUGGAAAAAGCCAAACUACCUCCUCAGUUUCUAAGCCGCCUACUCAAGACUGAAACCGCAAGGUAGGAGGAGAGAAGGUACCAAAAUGGCACCCGCAAGGGGGAUAGACCUUCUGGCUUGGAGUCGAAAAGCGGUAGAACCUUCCGUAUAGGAGGAAUUUGGUGACUACGUCACCAAUGUUGAAAUAGCCUAACCUAACCUCCUCAGUUUUCAUCUCCUGCUAAAAUCAAGAGAACAUGAAUUUCCAAAUCUAAAUCAGGAAAAGAAGUAAUUAAGCAGAGAGAAAUGGAAAUAAUUCAACAAAUAAAAUUUGAUGCAAACUCCAACCCUUCUUCACUACUACAAACAGGAUUGCACUCAUAUAAAGGAAUCGCUGAAAUUGCAUCUCACACUAAAAUCUAUGCAAAUAUGCCCGAAACACUUAUUUUUGGAUAUGGCUUUGAAAGUCCUACGUUGCUAUACACAAAUGAAGAAGGAGUGCUCCAAGUCCAGCAAAGGCUACUACCUCCUCAAAUUGAUAUACUUAUACAAAUUUUGGAAACAUGGAGAUUUAGUAACCAUAGUGGCGUUGUUUGCCCUUUAUGCAUAAUUAUUGCUCCUAAUAGCCAAUUUAAUAGGAUUUUAAUGAGAGAAAGCGAGCUGAAAUAUGAAAUAAAAAAUGCACAUAAAACAGAUUUAAUUGUGCAAAGGUAUGUUUUGCCAAAAGGGAGAAAAUCGUGCAAAAUCAGAAUCGUAUGGACUAAUAAAGAAAUAAAAGUGUACAAAAUUACGAAUAUUGAAAGACUUGAUGGAAAAAAGGAGCAUAAUCCUUUAGACAGCGUUUAUUAUUAUACCAAAGUGAAUGAUAUAAGAAAAAAGUAUGGAAAUGAUAGAGUUCCUCUUACAAAUCAUAUAAAAGUUAGUGUAAAGAAUCAAGAGCAGUACAAUAAAGCCUUAGAAAAUGUAGAGAUAUUGAUAAUGAAUGAGAAAACCCAUGAAAUGAGGAUAAAAUCGAUGACCCAUUUAAAUGAUCAAAAAACAAAAGAUUUAGAAAAAUUGGAAUUUGACUAUGAUAUCUCAGAUGAUAAAACGAAAAAAUUUUCAUCAAAGUUUCUUGAUACUUCUAUGGGAUUUUAUGACCAUUUUAAAUGAGAUCAUUCAUCAACCCCUAAAGUCCCAAUUAAGCCAUCUAGUGCUAUUUAUGCUGAAAAAAAUGCUGAUGAGGAUUUGAUUUCUUAUAUAAAAGAGUCAAUACCUAGUUCUCCUCCUCAAAUUUCAUUGAAAAAACUUUAUCACAGCUUAUCAAAGGUAACUCGUAACGAAGACGAGGAAGAUUUUCCAUUUGAUGGAAGCCAAUUAUCUAAUUAUUUUAUAAAUAAAAUAUGGCGUCUUCAUCUGGGUAUGGCCUUCCGGCCAUACAUACUCGACUUAUAUUUUAUUUAUAUCCGGCAAGGUUUUACUACUUCAGAAAUGGACAGCAAUGCUAGGUAAGCAAUUCUAGUUGUGUUCAGAGCCUAGCCCAAAUCUAAAUUCAGGGGUGAUUUUUUCCUUGUGGGGAAGAUGAGCACGGGAGUUGGAAAGGGGAAGCCCAGCAGAGUCCUCUGGACCAAUCGGGAACUCCCUAGCGUGAAACUGGGCGUUACGUCCCAGGCUCUCGAGUUCUACCUUCUGCCGACAGUCGACAAGAAAAUCCAUUUUUUAUGGAUUUUCGGAAAGACAACUCACGUUGUGCGAAUCCCUUGUUUGAGGCAACAAGGAGGGUUUCCGCCGAGGCCUCACCAUGGGAGAUGAAGCGUGUAGGGGUGCAAAUCCCCGGCCCUGCAAGUGCGAACGGCUUAAUCUAAUCUAAUCUAAUUAUUUUGCAAACAAAUUAAGAAACAUGUAUUGCACUGAUUUCAGCAACCCUGAAAAAUCAGUAAUAUAUGAGAUGAAGACCCUCAAAAGCUAUGACAAAGCUAUAAAGCAGCUUCACGAAAUAAGAAAAGGAAUCAACUCCUCUCUAUUAUCUAAAGAAAAUCAGCGGCUCAGCCAGCUAGUCCUGGAUUUCGCUGAAGACGAAUUCAAUAAUUUUUAUUUUUUAAAAAUAAAAGCUUUCCAAUGUGAGCAAAAAAUUCACAAAAGUUUGCAGCUUAAAGGAAAAAAUUUAAAUUUCAUUUGUCAAGGCGAGCAUUGCUCUAAUUUGAUUUCGGAUUCUUAAUCUUAUAUAUAAAUAAAAACUUGCCCUCUUAGCACCUGUAGCCAGGCGAGGGACCUUGCAGAAGGGAGAGUAGCUUUCGAUAUGUGCAUUCGGUCACAAGCCUUAGACUGUGGAAUCAGACUGGCAAAUAAGGAGUGGUGCGAAGCAAGUGACGUGAAACGCUUUUUCAAGCUUGCCGGAGCUUCUCUAUAAUAAUUUAAUGAAUUAAUGAUUCUCAAUCUGACUCAUUUAAUAUCCCUGGAGAUCAAGAUAAAAGUGGAAAAUUCAUGAUUUUGAGAGGAGCGAUGAUAGAUGAUAAAAAUGAAGAAAAAGAAUUGUCGAAGAUGCUGAACCCCAGGCUUUAUGAAAGAGUUCCUGUGUGCCGAAAUUGUUAUAAAACUUAUACAUUAAAAGAUAAAGGAAAUUUAUCUCAGUACCAAAAAGCAGUUAGAGCAGCUAAGCAUAAAGAAAUGAAGCAAAAACAAAUUGAUGAUUUAUUGGAAGAAAUUAACCCACAAGCAGCUCCAAAAAUUUCAGAGAAUUUGGCGCAUAGUUUUUUACUCAAAAGAAGUGAAUCAAUGCCAUUUAGAAAUCAAACUGCAACUCUAAAGCGUGAUUUCUCACAGCCUAAAUUGCGACCUAAAAUUAGAAAAAGGAAAACAGUGAAAUCAACACCUUCCUCAACUAAAAGCAGUUUCCUUAAAAAGAAAAUGAUUGAGAUCAAUAAUAUUACAAGUGAGCUAGGAUUUUUAGAUUCAUCCCAUCUUAAUAAAACUUCUGUAAUAUAA